CGCGAUGGCGUGGGCGGCACAGUGCUUGUGAAACAGAACACAACCAAAGUAUGGAUAUGGGAAACCAACAUCCUUCCAUUAGCAGGCUUCAGGAAAUCCAGAAAGAAGUGAAAAGUAUAGAACAGCAAGUCAUUGGCUUCAGUGGUCUUUCAGAUGACAAGAAUUACAAGAACCUGGAGAGGAUGCUCACGAAACAGCUUUUUGAAAUCGACUCUGUAGAUACGGAAGGAAAAGGAGAUAUUCAGCAGGCUAGGAAGAGGGCCGUGCAGGAGACAGAGCGUCUGCUCAAGGAGCUAGAGCAGAACGCCAACCACCCGCACCGGCUGGAGAUCCAGAGUAUCUUCACAGAAGCCCAGUCGCUGGUGAAGGAGAAGAUUGUGCCAUUUUACAGUGGCGGCAACUGCGUGCCAGUGGAAUGCGAAGAAGACAUCCAGGAUAUCAUUCUGAGGCUGACACACGUGAAAACUGGAGGCAAGAUCUCCUUGCGGAAAGCACGGUAUCACACUUUAACCAAAAUCUGUGCCGUGCAAGAGAUUGUCGAAGACUGCAUGAAAAGGCAGCCAUCCCUGCCACUGUCCGAGGACGCGCAUCCGUCUGUGGCCAAGAUUAACUCAGUGAUGUGUGAGGUGAACAAGGCCAGAGGCACCCUGAUCACGUUGCUCAUGGGCGUGACCAGCAAUGAGACGUGCAGGCACUUAUCGUGUGUGCUCUCGGGGCUGACUGCCGACCUGGACGCAUUAGACGUGUGCGGGCAUCCCGAGAUCCGCAAUUACCGAAGGGAGGUUGUGGAAGAUAUCAACAAAUUACUGAAGUAUUUGGAUUUAGACGAGGAAGCUGACAGGACCCACGCGUUUGACCUACCGCAGAAUCAUUCCAUUUUAAAAAUAGAAAAGGUCCUCCAGAGGAUGAGAGAAAUAAAAACCGAACUCCUUCAAGCCCAGAAUCCUUCUGAACUGUACUUGAGUGCCAAAACAGAAUUGCAUGGUUUGAUUGGACAUCUGGAUGAGGUAAGUCUUGAAAAGAACCCCUGCAUCCGGGAAGCUAGGAGGAGAGCUGUGAUUGAAGUGCAGACCCUCAUCACUUACAUUGACUUGAAGGAAGCCCUUGAGAAAAGAAAGCUGAUCGUGUGUGAGGAGCACCCGUCACACAAAGCCGUCUGGACUGUCCUUGGACACUUGUCUGAGAUCCAGGAGGAAGUCUUCUCAUUUGACGGAAACCGAGCUGAUAAGAACUACAUCCGGCUGGAAGAGCUGCUCACCAAGCAGCUGCUGGCCCUGGAUGCCGUGGACCCGCAGGGGGAGGAGAAGUGCAAAGCCUCCAGGAAGCAGGCGGUGCGGCUGGCCCAGAACAUCCUCAGCUACCUGGACCUCAAAUCGGAUGAGUGGGAGUACUGAGGCCCCAGAGUCUGGCGCCACACUUCCUGUUUUGCACUUUACUUGGCCGUCUAUGGAUUUACAGAGAGUGUUUGGUUCCCUGAGCCUCCAUGUGAUUUAUACAUGCACAGUUCAAUCUCAGUAUUUAUGAUUUUAGCAAAUUAUAUUCAGUAUCUGCUGCUUUUGAUGUUGCAAAACAAAUACCAUUACAGCACAUUAACUUUUCCAUUGGAUCGUUAUCUGUAUGUUGUGUGGUGUUUUUUUUAAAAAAUAUCAAAAUGGAAUAAGGGCAGCUUUUGUAAUUUUUAACUGGGUUGUACAAGCAUUAAAAUGCAGAUAUUUCAGAUCUAGCACUAGACAGCCUUGCGUAACACUAGAACAAUUAUGAGAAGGGAACAUU